AUGAAUGAUGACGGACAUGGCCAACGCCCGGGAUCGGGUUCCUCUUCCAGCAGAACGCAGUGGGUGAGGAAAGUCCAUGGUGCCGCCAGCUGGGUUGAUUCGAGUCCGGAAAAGACUUCGAGCUCAGAUGGUCCACACCAGGGGCCCCAGCCUACUGCUGAGAUGGAAGAGCUGGCCGCUGAGCUGAAGAAGCGCGAGUGCGGGGCCACAGAGCGGGAAAUGGUCCCGCCGUCCGGGUCGCCACCGGCCCCAUCCCGCACCGAGGAGCGCAUUCUGGAGAUGUUUCAAUCCUUCCAAGAUGAACUCCAACGUGAGGUCAAUGGCAACCACUUUGCCCUUCUGGCACGGCCGGGCGAAGGCCGUGGCCGCUGGCGCGAAGCGGUGGCAUUUUGGUGCUCGAUGGUUGAGAGGAGCGUGGAAUACGAUAUCGUCACCUGCGGCAUGGUUCUGAGUGCUUGCGAACGCGAACACCAAUGGCAAGCUGCCCUGCACUUCUUCUCAGAACUCAGCCAAAACGCCUUGGAGAGGAACUUGAUCAUCUACAACACGGUCAUCAGUGCCUGUGCCAAGGGCCAAGAGUGGCAACGCGCCAUCGCCUUGCUAGAGGCACUGGAGGAGCCAGACAUCAUCUCAUACAACUCCAGCAUCUCUGGCUGCGAGAAAGGCGGCGAAUGGCAACGUGCCAUGGCAUUGUUGGAUCAGCUCCAAGAGAGGAAGCUACAAGGUACAGUGGUGACCUUUGCCGCUGCCAUCAGCGCAUGUGAGAAGUCCUCUCAAUGGCCCCUAGCUUUGGAGCUCCUAAGCUCUUUGGGUCCCUCAGCCAACCUGGUGGCUUUCAGCGCGGCGAUCAGCGCUUGCGAGAAGGCGGGGGAGUGGCUGAAGGCCUUGCAGCUCUUGGCUGACGCGGAGGCUCAACACCUUCAGCCCGAUGUGGUCGCCUACGGAGCCAGUAUCAGCUCCUGUGAGAAGGCAGCCGUUUGGCCACAAGCCUUCACCUUGCUGGAGCGGCUGAAUCAGCGCUCGGGGCAGCCGAACGCAGUGAUCUACAAUGCGGCUGUAAGCGCUUGUGAGAAGUAUGGCCAGUGGCAAGGAGCCUUGCAGUCCUUGGCCCAGCAGCUCCGCUCGUCGCUCAGCUUGGGCGUCGCCGGCCUUGCGGGCGCCUCGAGCGCCUGCGGGCGCCGCAGCCUGUGGCGCUGGGCCACGGAACUCUCCAGUGCCAUGCAGGCCCGCGAGGUGCAAGGCAAUGCCAUUGCCUACAAUGCCUCAUUGAGCUCUUUGGAGAAGUCCACGUCCAAGCGCUGGCGCGGCUGGCGCCUGGCGGCCAACCUCUGCGAGGCUCUGACCCGUCGCACCAUCGCUCCCACCGUGAUUACCUGCAGUGCCAUGAUCUCCGCCUUGGAGAAGGGUCUCCAGUGGCAGAGAGCCGGGAAACUCUUAGAGCAGUUGGUGCAACUGCAAGUGGAGGCGAACGUGAUUUCCUUCAACGCCGCCGUCACUGCCUGUGCGUCGGCGCAGAAAGCACUGGACGAUCGACGCGGAAGUGCCAUGACGACGGACGUCUGA